AUGAAAGUCAUCAUCUCGGGUGCCACGGGUUUGGUCGCGACCGCAGUUGUCCAGCAGAGCCUCGCCCAUCCCAAAAUCUCCAAAGUCAUCGCCCUCUCGCGGCGAGCCGUCGAGCUGCCAGACAAUGCAGACAGCAGCAAGUUGAAGCAGGUUCUCGUCAAAGACUAUAAUGAGUAUCCAGACCACAUCCUCGAAGAAUUGCGCGGCGCCCACGCGUGUAUUUGGACUGUUGCCAUCACACCAUCAAAGUCAAUGACCUACCGGUGGGAGGACGUGGUCAAGAUAUGCCAGACGUCCACCACAACCGCUCUCCACGCCAUGAUCAGCGCUGGCAUGGCAGAGCCCUUCCACUUCAUGUACGGCGAGACAGAGAACAUGCUACGUCGAAUCGCGGAGCAGCACAAUGGCCUAGUCCAGGUCUGCACCGCGCGCCCCGGCAUUGUGACGAGUGACGCAACCUACGCGAGAGCAACCUGGGGCUCCGCCGUGAGGACGCUCAACCCCGUUGCGAACGUCGGCCGUGACGAGCUCGCUGCUGCAAUGAUCCAUCAAGUGGUGAAUACGUUCGACAAGAAGGUGUUGACAAACGCAGACUUGAAGACGAUGGGCCGUGAGCUCCUAGCGCAGCAGAGCCACAUCGGUUGUGAAUAA